AUGCUAGCGUUAUCUCCUCCUUCGUUUUCGACAAAUAUUGCAUAUUGGCCCCUAGAGGAUACCCUAGGCCAUGAUGAUCAAAAUUAUUUCUACAGAGACGUAGAGCCUGCUAAUUCAGAUCAAUCAGUAUUUCUUAACAGCUUCCCAAUGACACUAGUAACGUCCGAUCAGCGAUCGCGGGCUGAGCUUGAUUGGUUGGCAUCGCCGACGACCACGACAGGCGCUAUUAGCAGGGAUCUCAGCAUGGCUGUCAGGAAGCUCAACCACAAUGUUAGCGAGCGCGAUCGCCGCAAGAAGAUUAACCACUUGUACUCCUCUCUUCGUGCGUUGCUUCCAGCUUCGGAUCACACGAAAAAGUUGAGCAUUCCAGCUACAGUUUCACGCGUGGUAAAAUACAUACCAGAACUACAACAAGAAGUUGAGGGACUGAUUCGAAAGAGGGAAGAGCUUUUAUCAAUAACUAAUUCAAGGCAGCUCCAAGUUGGUCAAGAAAUUAAGAACCAAAUAAAAAGCAUAUCUCGAACUUCAUUAUCUUCUGUUUCAGCUAGUCAACUUAAUAAUAAAGACGUUGCGGUUCAAAUUUCCACAUUGAAGGCCGACAAAAAUUACACAUUAUCUGAAAUAUUACAUAAUUUGGAGGAAGAUGGACUUUCAGUGCUAAACAUCUCGUCCUUUGAGUCCUCUUGUGGGAGGGUAUUCCACAAUUUACAUCUCCAGAUGUCAAAAUUGAUGAGGAAGAUAAAGCGGUACAGUGAAAGUGAAGAUGUUGAUGGAGUUGUGAGGACAUUGACAAAUGUUAGGCAUGUUUUUCAACUAAGGAGAAGUUUGAUUUCUUUGGAAGCUUUGGACACUUUGGGUUGUGAGUACUAUGCAAAGAGUGGUUUUAUGCAAGUCAACAGAGGUGAUUUAGUAGCCAUCAAGGGUGAAAAAGUAAAAAACUUGUAUAAGCUUAUUGGAACCACAGUUGUAGGUGGAGCUAUAAAGGAGGAACUAUGCCAAGAAGAGUCUUCUUCGGUUAUGAAAGAAGUUGUAGGAGUAAAAUGGUGCAACAAGAUGUGGAUAAUAGUUGAAGACAAUAAAGACAAGAUGGUGAAGACUUGUGGCAGUGAAGAUGCUUUGAAGAAGAAGAAGACAAUUCCUCAUGUCAAGUUUGAUAAGAGUUUGAAUUUGGCACAUGUUUAUUCUUGUUAA